AUGUAUCCUAGAAUUUUAAUUCGUAAACUUAAACCAAAUGCCAGUAUUUUUCACCGUAGUAAUUCUACCGCCGCACAGCCACUAGAACAGUCUAAAACAAAUGAGGAAAUCAAAUCUGCAAAAAGUCCAUUGGACCAUCCUGAUUUUUUUCAAGUACAUAACUUAUUCACUGUAAAAGACCUUUUUGGUGCAAGAGUUCACUUUGGCCACAAAGAAGGUUCUUUAAAUGAAUUAAUGGCGCCUUAUUUAUAUGGUUCAAGACAGGGCCACCUUAUUUUUGACCUAGACAUAACUGCAGAACAUUUAAGAAAAGCUCUUAAUUUUACUGCUCACAUUGCAUACAGGGGUGGUAUCAUUUGUUUCUUCAAUAGAAAUUCUUUAAAUGCACAUACAGUUGAAAAAACAGCUUUAGAGUGUGGCGAAUAUGCUCACACAAGGUUCUGGAAGGGUGGUAUAUUUACAAAUGCUAAUCAUCAAUUCGGUGCAAUCACAAGGUUGCCAGACUUAUGUAUAUUUUUGAACACCCAAAACAAUAUCCUAAAUCAACACACAGCAGUGAGAGACAGUGCCAAAAUGUUGAUACCAACUGUGGGGAUUGUUGACACUAAUUGCAAUCCUAAUUUGAUAACAUAUCCUGUACCAGGAAAUGAUGAUACACCAGCAGCAAUUGAAUUAUACUGUAACCUGUUCAAAUCAGCUAUUAAGAGGGGCAAGGAAGCCCGAAUGAAGUUUUUGCAAGAGAAUGAAGAAAACACAUAA